CGUAAUGAUAAGAUAAUGAUAUUUUCUGAUAUGGUGUUUCCCCUCCGUACUUAUGCUAUGAAACUGGAUAGGCCAUUCAUUGAUGGACAGACUCCACAGAAGGAGAGAAUGAAGAUACUUAAAAACUUCAGACACAAUCCUCAAGUUAAUACAAUAUUUAUAUCAAAAGUUGGAGACAAUUCCUUUGAUCUUCCUGACGCUAAUGUACUCAUACAAGUAUCAGCUCAUGGUGGUUCAAGACGUCAGGAGGCACAAAGGCUGGGAAGAAUAUUAAGAGCCAAGAAAGAGUCCAUAGCUGAAGCCUAUAAUGCUUAUUUCUAUUCGCUGAUCUCACAAGAUACCGAAGAGAUGCAUUUCUCAACCAAGCGGCAAAGGUUUCUCGUUAAUCAGGGAUACAGCUUCAAAGUCGUCACUAAACUAGCCGGCAUGGAGGCUGAGACUGACCUGGCAUACAGCUCUAAGAAAGAAGAAGCAGAACUGCUCCAUCAAGUUUUAGCUGCUUCUGAUAGUGAUGCUGAUGAAGAGGUCUUACCCACGUCCGGAGGGGGUCAGGGGAAAGGGCGUGGCUUUGAGAGGAAGGCGGGGUCAAUGGCGACAAUGUCAGGCGGUAACGACAUGAUGUACAUGGAAUAUUCAGCAAGAGCAAGACCACAGCAUCCUUUAUUUAGACUGAGACACUGAACUAAUGUCAUCGGCUAAUGUAUUGUACUGUAUUGUAUCAUGUCAUGUAACUAUCAUGUGACGUUAAUUACAUGUACAUGUACAUGUAGGUGUAUAGAAUUAGAGUAUCCACUUUUGGCGGAAUACAAUUUUUAUAAUGACACAGUCAA